AAACAGGAUUGCUCGUGCGGAAUUCCUCUGUGACAGACAGUUUUUACUCACUAUUCUUGAGGAAAAGGAAAGGAAAAUAUCUCGCGAGAAAAGAUCCCAACUCGUUUUCUUUCACCCUAAGAUCUUUCUGCCUGUCCAUGUCCAACCAAAGAAGAGUCUGAGACUCUGAGUUGGAUGGAUAGGGUCCCCAACCCUUCUUCACCAAUCACCACCCCCAUCUGCUGCCAUUGCUGUUGCAGGCCAGCUAACGGAAGGCCCGGGCGACAUGGGUUUGCAGAUGAUGCGUGGUAGGCCCUGCGCCCCGUGCUGUUCGUCCUCCUCCUCCUCCUCCUCCUCUUCCUCCUCGUCCUGGAUGCCCUCCAAGCAUCCUCACGCGCCAUUGAGUCGAAGGAAAAUCUCAUCUGAGUCACUUAGAGCAUUGGCCUUGCACCUCUUGCCCAAACGUCGGAAAUACCAAAAUGGGGAUAUCUCAAGGAUUUCAGCAUCUUCGUCCGGUGUGCUUGAAAUCACCGAGAACAAGUCCAAUAACAAGGCUGAUGCAGAAAGAAAGAUCCUUGAUGAUGCUCUUGACAGAAAGCCGCAGAUUGACUGGGUUGAAGAAGAUAUCUCUUCUUGGAUGGAUAAGAGUUACACAAGCAGCAAUUUGGAGUAUAACUUAUUAAUGCAAAACAUUCAGGUCUUAGAAAGUAGUUUGGCUGGUAAAGACUUGGUAAGGCUGGAAAGAGAUAUCCUUGUACAUAUCGAACGGCUGGGAGCAUUGAAAUCAUUCAACGCGUCUAUCUCCAGGGCCACUCUAACACAAACAUAUGAAUUAGAGUUUUCACUUCCUGGGGAUAUUAUUAAGCUUGAUCCAGAGAUUCCUCUCGAGGAGCAAAAUGAUGUGGUAAUUGUUCGAAGUGGGAAAAGUCAAGAGAGGAAACUGAAAAGAAUGAAAGCAUCAGAAAAGGGCUCUCGGGUCUCCGUGAAAACACCCUCACGAAAAUCAAAGAAGUCCAGUAGUAGUCAAUUUAUAGCUGAGUGGAAAAACUAUCCAGGCCGAAGAAGGAGCAUUGUACGAGAACAAUCAGCAUUGCUGGUUACUAUCAAGGAGUGUGCAAACCUUGAGAAAAUAAGAGAAAACUUGUUGAAGGAUGGGAGUGAAGUCAGCCAUGCAAGCUGGGCCAAGGCAGCUGGAAUUGAUGAAGCAUUGUUGAGGAGUAGGCUGCAAGAAGGUUACUGCUGCCGAGAGAGAUUACUGGUAACCACCGAGUGGCUAGUCAAGUACAUUGCAAAGACAUACGCUGGAAUGGGAACAGCUUUUGAGGAUCUACUGCAGGCUGGGAAAAUGGGUGUCCUUAAUGGAGCUGAGAAAUUCGACAGCCAAAAAGGAUGCAAGUUCUCAACUUAUGUGAAGUACUGGAUAAGGAAAGCAAUGUUAGCACUUCUUGCUGAAAACUCUGGAGUAAUCCAGCUGCCCGCAAGGAUGGAGGGUAUAAUUCGUAAGGUCAGGGAAGCGAGAAGGGCGAUUCGCUACAACACAGGGAGGAACCCACCAGAUGCAGAAAUCGCAGCCCUCAUCGGUGUAUCAGUUGCCAAUGUUAGGUUGGCACGGAAAUGCUCUCGUCGAGUUGUGUCGCUUUACACAGAGAUCGGAGUUGGACAGAAUGCAAAAUUUGUGGAAGUGACUCCGGACACAUCUUUAGAAGCUCCAGAUGAGGCUAUGUUCCGGAUGCAGUUGAGAGAGAGACUGCUUCAUGUCCUGGACAGGCUCCCCCCAAGAGAAGGGCACGUACUGAAGCUGCGGCACGGGCUGGAAGAUGGGAAAUGCAGGUCCCUGGAGCAGAUUGGGAGCAUUUACCAUGUCUCCAAGGAGUGGAUAAGGAAAAUAGAGAAGUCGGCCAUGUCCAAGCUGAGGAACGACGACGUGCAUAAUGAACUCAAGGACUUCUGUGGAUUCUAGUGCUCCUGAUCGAGCUUUCUUGUGCAUAUAGAGCUCUCUACUUUGCAUCAAGUACACAUGAUUUUCACAAGGGUUCCUUUGCUUCAGGAGGAGGAACAAGGAUGCGUUCAACGAGAAGUUGAGAACUGUACUGAUGAUGUUGUGAUAGCAUUCGAUAGAAAGUUGUAUAUAUCGCAUAACAUUACAAGCAUUUGUUUACCUUUUUAUUUUGAAAAUUUACAAGCAUUUGUUUCAGACGAACUGUUCAGUAUAGAGCAGAUGUAAUACAGAAUGUGGAUCAUACAUUGAUGGAUGUAUAGUGCAAAAGAAAUAUUGCCAUACUGUUGACUGUUGCUAAAAAUGCUGACAAUUAUAUCAAUGUUUUGAACA